AUGCUAAACAGCAGUGGACCGAGAUCUGACCCCUGGGGUAUCUCCAGCUAUUGGCACAUGGGUGAACUUCCCCUGAGCACCACACUGCACAGGUCUCAGCCCGGGAGCCGUGAACCCAGAGCCAGUUCACGCUCUUUGGAUACAGCUGAGAACUUUAAAGGCUCUCAACAAACAGGAAGCACACCACUGUCCAGGUCUCGGAGGUCCACAUCCGACAGCAGCGUUCGUUCUUUAGAGUCACUGCCUGAACCUCCGGAUGAUGAAGCGAAGGAUCAUCAUGAGGAAGAGGAAGACAAUCGGCCGAAGUCUCCCAGCUCCGUGUCUUUGGAUUCGUCUGGUGUCUUUACUUUUGAUCCUCUGGAUUUGUGCAGAAGGAGUAAUUGCUCGAUGAAGAACCCUCUGAUUUUUAGUGGGCCGGAGGAGUUUAACCCGAGGUCGCCUUCACGCGCGACCAGCAGAGACUCGGGGAUAACUGGCUCAUCAGGCCUCAGCACUUUGUCCAUCAGAAAGGAACUGAGGCGGACUCCUCUGCCUGCAGGACCUGACGACGUGGCCUGCGACUUGUGCACAGGAAAUAAACUAAAAGCCUGGAAGUCGUGCUUGACGUGUGUGCGUUCCUUCUGUGAGGAGCACGGGAGGGAUCACUACAGGUACAAAGAGAUGGAACAACACCAGCUGGUGGAGGUGACCAAAGAUCUGAACAUGUACAAAGAAAAUGCUGAGCUGAAGCAGAUGAUCAGGGUGAUGAGGGAGGAGAACCAGGUGCUGAGAGAGGAAUUAAAGUCUCUGAAACAGGGCGGCAGCACCCCGAGUCUUCCUGCUUAUAUCUAUCAAGGAAAAACAGCCACAGCAGGUGAGAGGGAACGGAUCAAAUACUGUUUACAUACAGAGAGAACUCAAUACAGAUAAAUGAAGAAGGAACUUCUCU